UUCCGCCUAGAAUUGCGUCAUGGCUCGUGUUUAUCCGCGUGACGUCAUUUCCUGUCCAUAAUAUGACAUUUAAGGUACCCCCUCCACUUUAUAUUUUCAAAUUGGACUCACAAAUUGUCACUGUAAUAAAUGUAAUAGCUAAAACAGUAUGGUAGACCGUCGAUAGCUAUUUUCCGAAGGACGGGUAAACAGCCAUCAGCUGGAGCCAGCCGAGGUCUCUGAGGCAGCUGCGGAUCGCCGUAUUUCAGAGCACAACAUCACCCCACUGGGAAAUACUGCUUCCCAAACACUGCCCCAGGUCCAGAGUGAACAAUGGCACGCAAGAGAGAGGAGCGUGCAGCUCACAGUAGCAAACGAGCAGCCAGGAGGGAGAGGCAGAGCAAUGGCCAAGACCAAAAUUUUGUGUCCUUGAAGCAGCAGCUAGUGGCCAUGGGUCUAACUCUGAGAGAGAUCCCUGGGGAUGGGAAUUGCUUAUUCCGGGCACUGGGAGACCAGCUGGAUGGCACUACCACCAAUCAUCACAAGCACCGCCAUCAAGUGGUUGAUUACAUGAGGCAGCACCGUGAGGACUUUGAGCCUUUUGUGGAGGAUGAUGUUCCUUUCGAUAGGCACUGUAACAAUUUAGCUCAGCUGGGUACCUAUGCUGGCAAUGACUGUAUUGUAGCUUUUGCCCGACUAAAUCAAGUAUCUGUGGUCAUCCACCAGCUCAACACACCUUGCUGGCAAAUCAAUGGCACCGAGUCCAAGAAGGGCGUGAUGGAGCUACACAUCUCGUACCACAAUGGAGACCACUACAACAGUGUCCGCCGUCUUGGGGACUCCACUUCUGGUCCUGCCCGCAUUAAGAUGUCCACUACUACACUUUCCUCUGCUGCUACUGCUACUGCAGCUGCUGCUGUUCCCAAGGCCUCCAUGAAGGGGUUCGAGGAUGAUGAUUAUGAUGAAGAUGAAGAGGAGGGUAUAAGGGAAGACAGCUAUGAAUGUCAUCUUCUCCAUCUUCCGCAUAUGUCUAAUGGUCAUCAUGGGAUGAGCCGGAUGGAGCAAGAGCUGAUGGAGCAGACUGGCUGUGAGGACUUGGGGUUGGUACAAAAAUACCUGUGCGCCCAUGACUAUCAAGUGCGUGAAGCAGCAGAUGCUCUCAUCAAUUACAUUGUUCACCAGCACAAAGGGGAGUAUCCACAAACUUCACCAAGCUGUAGUCAUGGUCAGCUGUGUAGCCCUGAAGGCAUCACUUCUAGCCCUAUGGUAGGAGGAAUGGGAAUGUCCAGGAUGCCACCAACUUAUCGCAAGAUGACCCAACAGGAAAAGCUCCAUCACCGUCUGCAGACUCAACAGCACCUUUCUAACUCCAAACGGAAGGAAUUGAAGAAGCAGCUGAGAAAACAAGAGGCCAAUGAACGCAAGAGGCAACGACAGGCAGGGCAGGAGUUUGAUGAUUUUGGUGCAGAUGAGUCUGAGGUGAUCUUGGUGAAGGACAUUGGGUGCCUCAGCAUCUAGCCACUCACUCUUGGCUGCUCUUUCUCAGGUGGAAAAGUUUAACAAUAUACUUGUAUUCAGCAGUGGUUUCAGUUAUUCUUUACAGAAUUUAACUAAAUUGUUCCAAAAUAAAGGCAUUUAAAUUUUUGAAAUAAAACUGCAUAGCUUUCUUGUGUGUGUGUGUGUGUGUGUGUGUGUGUGUGUGUGUGUGUGUGUGUGUGUGUGUGUGUGUGUGUGUGUGUGUGUUUAAAUUAAAGGACAUUGUUAUCUUUAUGUGUGUGUGUGUGUGUAUGUGUGUAUAACAGUUCUGUUUAAAACAAGAAAGGAGACCAUCCUACACCAAACAUCCAAAUUGAUGUCUGCUAAUCUACAGAUUGUGAUUCAAAAGAAGAAUGUUAAAUAUUUGUAAAAUCAGCCAAGGUGACAGUUCAGCAUGAUGAUGCACUCCACUGCAAGGUACAAUAGGGCACAGGUCUGGGAAAUAGUAUUGCAUCUUUGUGUAAUUGUUCACUGUUACUUCUUCACUAUUUCACAUGGAUGAGAGCUAAAGGAAGCACACUGAACAGGAGGUAAUAGGCCACGAGCACUAAAGCCUCAACUGUCGAGUGAUUUACCAUGCUGAAGAGAUCACUAUUUUACUAUUUCAUGUAUUAAGAAAAUAAAGUUCAUAAAUUAU